GGGAGGGCAGGGCCGCCCGGAAGUCCUGACCUGCAGGUGGCGCCGGCCGGAGGCUGGGGCGUUGCUGCCACCAGUGGGCGGGGCAGUGGGGCAGCGGGGCGGGGGCACCCUCACCUGUCCGUGUGUGGGGAUCAGCCUGGGCUCCGUGGCCUCCGCUUGCACCGGACGUGGACCCAGGCUACCGGUGGGCAAGAUAGAGGACUGAGCCCAGGCACGCACGGCUGGCCAGGUGGGAUCCCCACCCCCGCUCAGCCUUCUUUCUGCAUGGAUGCUGAAGGACCAGGCUCACUUGAAGUUCUGAGUUUGAGCAGUAAGGUGGAAACAAAGAAACCAAUGGAAACAAAGAAACAAGUCAUUGUGGCAAAGCUCCCCACCACAGAGAAGCUGCCCUGAGUGGAAGGGAGGGUGUGGGCAUGCCCAUUUGUUUCGUGUCUCCCAGUGCUCUUCGCUUUCUUAUUGCAGACCUGCAUGGUUACAACAAAAUGAUCUGCAAAACUGAAAAUAUUUACUCUCUGGCUUUUACAGAAAAGGCUGACCAGCCUCUGGUUCCCGUACCGGUCAACUGAUUGGAGUACCUUUCCAGUUUGGAAACAUCUGGGCAGGCCCAGCUGGUAAGUUUACUUUUCUACUUUGACCAAGCAAACUGAAGCCAACAGAAGAGAACUUUCACCAGCAACUCCCAGCACAUCCGCUCGCCUUCUGAUGUCUGUGACCUCACUCUCGCUGCCCCACCUCUUAUUACAGAUUGAACAGGAUCCAGGGGGAAUUACCAAGCCUGUCCCAUCGGCCAUCCUGUGUGUCAUGUCCUGUGACCCAGUGGAUGCUCAGCACCCUCCAGCUGAAGAAACAGAUUGCCUUAGGUACAUGAAAGGUGAGGACACCUACUAUCCCCAUGGAGCCCAGGUGGGGCUGGGAGUCUGCUGUUUGUACAGCCGGUGGGCUCGUGUUGCUUUGGGCAUCCCUGUGCCUGAAUUCCUGCAGUACACUCGGUGCCUGUUUCCUAAUCUGCAAAACUGGAAUGAUGUUAACCAUCCCGCAGUGCAUUCCAUGGUGCAUCCUCGCCUAGAAUUGAGUGGAAGCAAGUCCAUCUCAGAAGGGACAUACCUGAAGAGAAAUGGCUUUCCAGACUCUGAAGGGCAGAGAAAGCACCAGCCUGGGUUAGAGAAAGAGAACAGCAUCUCUGAGCCCGUCCUGGGUGACUUCACAGAGAUCACCCUAGUGGCCCAGGCUAGUGACCGGGAACAUGUACCUUCCUGCAGCCAACCCCAGACGUCCACUGAUGCAUCAUAUACUGGCAAAGAUCCUGGCCUGGGGGGGCGUUGGCCGCCGGAGAUUCGCCAGAUGUUGGACUCCAGCUUAACCACCGGAAGUGGGCAGGAUGUGCUGAGGGGGCGGAGGCAGCCGCCAAGGCAGCGACGGAGGGGGCUGUCCCUGGCCAGCCGGUCAAUUUGUUCCCAUCUCAACAUUUGCUGUCCCAGUUUCGCAGGACGCCCUUCUCCAGUUUAUCCUUCUCCUGGGAGGUGACAUUUUAGGUUAUUGGGUCCCAGAUUGCUGGCACACUCAUCCCUGUUCUCAAACAUCUUUUAAACUUGGGUGAAGUGAUAAGUUGGGGAAGAAGAUGAUUUACUGAAAGUCUCCCGAGAAGAGAUUCAGACUGAACAGCUUUGUGUCGGACUUUGGAAGACCGCUGGUGCCCAAGGGGUUCUCUGGCAGCACAAUGACGAAUCUAGGUCCCUCUUUCACUGCUACGUCAAUGAAGUGGACCGCUUGGACAAGGCCAAAGCUGGUAUCCCAACCAUAGCCCUUGACAGUGAUGUUCGGCUCCAGGAAGCCAUCAGAUGCAGCAGGUGGCCAGAGGAGGAGCCGAACGGGCUCAUGAAAUGUGACACCCCCAGCUUCAUCAACACGGACCAGAACUCUUCCUUUGGGGAAGAUGAUCUCCUGAUUUUGGAACCACCUAUUGUUCUAGAAAAUAAGCCAGUUGCCCAGACCUCACACAAAGACUUGAAUUGGAAAUGUGCUUUGUCAAGUGUUUCUCUGAAGAUGUGAAGUCUGUCUUUGUAUGGCAGGAAGUCCCCUUUCACAAAAUUGUAUGUGUUUGUGUCUGAGAGAGAGAAAUGGAGACAGACAGAAAGACGGAGACAGAAGAGAGCCCCCUCAGAAGAGAGCUAGUUAAGGAGGAGGAUCAAUCCAUGCUGCAUUUUAUGACAAUCCUGUCCCCAGGAAUGCACGGAAGGUUAUCAGCUGAGUGAGGGGAAGUGUCUCUGUGUCUCUGUGUCCCUGUAUCUCUGUCUGCUCACAGUGCCCUGCCACCGGCUACUGAACAAGAAAAGUGCUAUACACCAUGCUGUGUCUUUUGCAGAUGUGUUCCCAGUGGCCUGAGCCAUGCACCAGAUUUGAUGUAGGAACUGUUCCACCAAAAGAAAUCCCUUUGCCAUAAUAUCUUUUGAGGAAAAUAUUAUUCUUUAAGGCUCUAACAGUAAAUCGUAGAACAAAGCAUGGAACAUUUAUUGUAGUUAAUACAUGUUCAUGCAAAAAGAAAUGAUAUUUUCAUUAAACAAUGUUGAUUUUAAUAACUUUUACUAAUGUGAAUAUUAUUACUCAUAAUUUAAGUAACCAAAUAAAACCACAGUUAUUUAUUAUGAAGUUUGAAAACUAUUUACACUGUCUCUCAAUUAGAGGUAGCUUUAUUAGAAGACUGAAAGGUAUUUAAAAGAUGGAAAAAUACCCAUGAUGACACCAUCAUUUUUAUUAACUAAAUAUCAAGAACUGUGCAGGGUUAAGAUUUAACCCUCUGCAAGCUGUCAAGUUAACAUGAGGUAGUUUGUGGAUGCUGCCAGAAGACAGGAGACUCCCCCAGGUUCAGAGACAAAGAACUUCUUGCCAGCACAGCAGGCAGCUUGGGGUUCAUGUUCAUGUUGGUUCCUGAGUUUCUUUCCUGUUGCUGUUGUAACAAAGGACCACAGACUCAGUGGCUUAAAGCAAUACACAUUCAUCAUCUCACUGUUCUAUUGUGCAGAAGUGCAAAGUCAUUGUCAGUGGGCUAAAACCUACGUGUGGCCAAGGCUACGUUCCACACCGAGGCUCUAGGGAGGGAUUCGUCUUCCUACCUUUCCCAGCUUGCAGAGGUGUUCACACUCAUUGGCCCAGGGCCCUGUGUCACUGUGACCUCUGCUGCCACUUUACAUCUCUGUCUCUGACUAUAUAGAUAUAAAGGAAGAGUCUUCUACACCUGGUAUGGACCCUUUUUCCUAAAUGGACAUUGUAUCUCUAUUUAUGUGCAGAUUAAAACCCCUUCCCUCCAGGGUGUGGUGGCAUCAGCUCACAAGAUUACCACUCUGGGCUUUAAGUGUCCUCUUUGUAUUGUCACCUGGGAACUUCUCUUUCCAUAGUUAGCUCUGUGUUACAUUUGUUGUUGUAUUUUACCUGGCAUUACUGAAAGUUUUACUUAAAAGGGAUCCUAAUUAGCUCUGUUUACCUGUUUCCAGAGCUGAAAGCUUCAGUUCUCGAGUAUCUGUUUGAUUUCUCUUAAAAAUACAUUCCAGUAUAUUUCUCUGGUGAAAGUCUUUACCCUGUUGUCUAUUCUCCCAUAAUUUCCUUAUUUUCUUGAAUAUAUUAAAAGUAUUUUAUAGCCUUUAUUGGUAACUCUGAUGCCUACAUCACCUGGGGGUUUGCAUCCUUUGUCUAAUGUUUCUUAUUCUCAUAUUAUCCGUUAUAUAGUCUUGACAUGUUGCAUGUCUUGAAAUUCUUUAUUACAUGGCAGACAUUGCAAAUGAAAAAUCCAUAUGAUAUUUUCCGUGAGAGGUUUUCUACCUUCCUGUUAGGCAAACAGGGUGAGGGACUGAUCAUGUCGCUCCAAUCAGGCGCUGAGGUGGAUCAGGACUGAAGUGCCUUUUUUCUUAAAACAGCUUUGAGGUAUACUUGGCAAAGUAAUUUUCACACGUAUAAAGUGUACAGCUAAUACGUUUUGACAUAAGUAUAUCCCCAAGAAACCAUGACCACAUUCAAGAGAGUGAA